GUUCCUGGAAAGUUCCUGGAAACGCGCCGCCGUGUUUGUGUUGAUCUCGGUUAUCAGGCCGCGGUGGCGCGCCGUUCGGUUCUGACACUGUGCUUGGUUCGGACGCGUCGGUGCCACUCGUGCUCGCCGUGACUCAGAUCGGUGUUUGCUUGGCUAAGAGCACGGCGCGGACCCACGGCGCGCGCCCCGCCUGUGCCGCUCGGGGAAAGGGGGCUGGAGGGGGGCGCGAGCCUCCGCGCGGGUGUGCAUUCGAUUCGGCUCGGAUGCGGCAUGGUUCGGUCCCGUUCAGCAUAAAGCUGGGUCGGUCCGUCAGCAUGCCGCUCCACGCGCCUCUGGUCUGAAUCCAGACCGGACCCGGACCCGUCCCAUGACCUGCCAGUCCUCCCAGACCAUAGAGGGGGGGCCGCAGGAGGCCGACGGCGCCGCGGCGGCGGACACCGACCAGAACCGCAUCGCCUCCGCCAUGAAGGAGCUGCGGAGCACCGGUUGGUACUGGGGCAACUUGACUGCCAACGAGGCCAAAGCCAUCCUGCAGGACUCCCCAGAGGGCACUUUUCUGCUGCGGGACAGCUCCCAGAGGGACUACCUCUUUACCAUUUCUGCCAUGACGUCAGCAGGUCCCACCAACUUACGGAUCGAGUACAAACACGGAAAGUUCAAGCUGGACUCGGUGGUCCUGGUCAAGCCAAAGCUGCGGCAGUUUGACAGCGUGGUCCACCUGGUGGACUACUACGUUCAGCUGUCGAGGAGCACCGACAAGGCGGCAUCAAACCCUCAGGCUGUGGCCACGGGGCCCAACGGCACGGUGCAGCUGCUGCUCACCAAACCCAUGUACACCGCCAUGCCAUCGCUGCAGCAUUUGUGCCGCAUCGCAAUCAACAGAAGGACGCAGCAGACGCACCACCUGCCCAUUCCCAACAGGUUGAAGGACUUCCUGACCAACUACACCUACAACGUGUAGGAGACCAUCCGCCGUGGCUCUGAACCGCCUUCGCCUCACCGCAGCUAUGGCUUCAUCCAAGUGUGGAAAGGCCUUCAGUUAAAUGGGUUCUGUAGAAUCAGAACCAGGUUUAUGUGCUGCUGAACUGCAAAACAGAAGAAACAGACAUGAUUCUGUGUAAAACAAAGGUUUUUACUUCCAAAUGACCCGCUCCUCCAGCAGCAGAACCAUGGGAGGAGCCUAUGACUGUCAGUCAGAACCCUGUGAUGAUACACAGCUUAGAUUAAAAAGCUUUUAUUUUACCAACAAAAUGUUGUGGAAGGAGAAGUCCUGCUGUCCCUGAAGGCAGCACGUGAGGGGGGAGCCCUUUUAUUUAUCCUCCAGGCUCACCGCUAGGACUUUGGAGUUCUUGCUGUCUCUGUGAAUUUGUGGAACGCAGGUUUCUCCCAGAUCUAAGCUGUGAUAAUGAGAGGGGAGGUCUCAUCCUCCGCCCUCAGGUGGAUCCCAAACCCAGGUUCACGGUCGGUUCCGCCUUCACCACCACAGGUUUGACACGGCAAAUCCACAGGUCAUGCGUCUGCGUUCCUUCUGUCACUCAUUCAUCCUCAGUCUGAGCUGUGUCCCUCAUGCUAAUCGCUAGUCCAUGCUAACUGCUAAUGCUAACACUUCAUCAUCUGCUGGAACUGCACAGCAGAAGCUAUUUAAGCUACAGCGGGGCCAAGCUUCCGAACCUGCAGGACGCCUGUGACCUUUAACCUUUCGCCCUUUUUGUACUGCUCAUCUUGAGUCGGGUGGGGGGGGGUGCUCACUCCUUCAUAAACCAAAGUCACUGUUUUCUAGAUGAUGGAUGUUGUGGGACAUUUGUGUUUUUGUGGUUUCAUCAGAGAUCCCAAACGUUCAGACCGUUUCAUCCACGAUUAAAAGGUUGGAUUCCGUUGAUGGUUGAGUUUCUUCAGCUUCAGACCUUCAGCGGGAGCAAAGAGGAGUCCUCUAGUUCGGAGGAACACUGCAGCAGCUCCAUCGUCCUCCUGGAGGCACCCGCGCCUCCUGGACUUUGGAGGAGGUGCUGGGGCUGGCCUGCAGAGGUCCGCCUCUGGGUUUUGCUGAGGGAACAGUUGUAGAAUCGCUCAGACCGCCGACAGCUCCCGUCUGAACCUCCGGGUGGACUGAACUUCAUGACUCCACUGAAAGACCCUGCACCCCCCCCCCCCCCCCCCCCAACACUGGAGUGGAGCCUUCUGAUUGGUCCACAGCUGACCAUGACCACGUGUGUUUGUGGCUCAUCGAUGUCUAAAACAAACAGACGUACUCCAGGUUGUUGACAGGCAUCAGAACAGGGGAAGGGGUUUGACCCUUCUGGGCUUCUGUACAUGUUGUUCCUGCAGGAUUUCGUUUUGAGGCUCAAAGCCAAUCAGGAGAUGUCCGAUUGGCUCUUCGUCAGCUGGUCCAGAUGAAGGCCGCCUCAGUUCCGUCUGGAGCAUCGAGGUGACCUCAGACAGGUGGGAGGACGACUGAUGGAUUUGCUGCUGUAGCCUCAAGCUGCUCCGACUCGCCUUCCUGUGUCUCCGUGGUCACUUCCUGUUUGAUCAGAAACACUUCCAGCUGCUCCAAAGCUCAGCGGGUCUCUGUGGUCGUCCUGGAUUCACUUCUGAUUCGAAGGACGCAAAAGUCCUUCAAACGCAGAUCUGUCAGUCAAAACAGGAAACAUUUGCCAGAAGAAACUCAAGACUCCGCCCACAUUGCUAAGUGCUAAUUGUAAAUUAGGUUAACGUGUACAGUCUCACCAUGAAACUAUUCCAGCUUUGAGGACCCUGCAAGUAAAGAUCUGUCAGCUGGGAUUUCUGAACUGUGCUUCGGUAAAGACAGUAAAAACAACCCCCCCCCCC